AUGUCAGACAAGGUGGAUGCGGAAGUCUCCGUGUCCCCGGUCCAAUGUCCAAAAUCUAGUACCGAGACAGACGUGGUGAGCACAUCCCGUCCACCUUCGUCGGACACGCGCACAUCCUUACUGGAGGAGAUCGAGGACCUGAAGCGUGAACAACAAAAAUUAAUGCAGCUGAUCCUUAUCUUAGAGAAGGAGAUGAAGACCAUGGAGCUCCGAGUUGAACAGUCAGGACGACGUGCAGUUCAUGUUCGAGAGUUUGCAGAGGCUACAGCCGACCUGGCUGCGCUGGUCCGCGCCGAGUGA